UUAUACCUACCUUGAUGAGAUACAGGGAGAGAAUCCAGUCCUACACAAGCACUAUGCAUUAGGACUACAUUUCACUGGAGAGUUUGAGGCUUACAAUAGUAUUUCUGACGGCACAUCAUUUUUUUGGACAAUGGUGAUCUCCUCAUCAGCGUCAGCUGUUGAGUCUGCCAUGGAGCACCUCGUAAAGGAGCUAAAUGUGCUUCUAAAGCUCCUGGAGCACGAGCAUAUAAGUUCAGCCACCGCAGAGAAGAUGAACGUUGUCAAGAACCUGUUGGGACAGUUAAAGCCUUCAGCAUAUGUUGAUAGAGUGACCGGAAGCAACUUCAUAUACAUGAACACAUCCCUCUACGGAAAUGGUACCAGCUUUGUCGAAUCACUGUUUGAAGAAUUUGACUGUGACCUGAAGGAGCUGAGGGAUUCCCCAGAGGAGCUGAAAAAACAGGAAGAGGAAGAGACAUUGAAACACUUACCCACAAAAUCGAGUCCCACUGAUACGCCCCCUCCGUUGCCGACCACACCGCCUCCUGAGGAUUACUAUGAGGAAGCUGUUCCACUCGAUCCAGACACCACUCCUCAGUACAUCACCACCCAGAGAAACCCAAGCCCAGUCGAGGAUGAGGACGCUUAUUAUGAAGAUGCUGAUAAGAACUAUCCUUUAACUCGCAUAAAUGGGGCUGCCUACAAUGACUCAGAUGCUCUGAGUAGCUCUUAUGAAUCAUAUGAUGAAGAGGACGAUGAGUCAAAAAUCAGAGAGAGGACAAACCCUGCAGGUCCGUUUAAAGACUGCUGCAAGUUCGGCUUUUUACUGCGCAAGAAACGCUUUGGCCAAUGGGCCAAACAAUUAACCGUCAUCCGUGAGAACAGACUACAGUGUUUCAAGAAUCCGAAAGAUCGGACACCGCACACCGACCUGCCUCUGAAUCUGUGCAGUGUUGUCUAUGUGUGUAAAGACGGGAAACGCAAGCGGCACGAGCUUAAAUUCUCCAUUCCUGGAGGAGAAUCUUUGGUGUUAGCUGCUCAGAGCAAGGAGCAGGCUGAAAGCUGGCUCAAGGCCAUUCAGGAGGUUAAUGCUGUGGCAAAUGGCACCACCGGACUGGAGAGUACCUCAUCCCCCAUGACGCAACGCAAGACAGAACUGGACAAGAUGAUGCUUACUGAUAAACAUACCUCAGAUUCUGACAGUGUUGCCAAUGGGGACUGUUCACGGGAAAGUGGAGAAAAUGGGAAGGGGAAAAAGGGGGCUUUUUCUGAGCUGACCGGCUCCAUGAGUCGCGCUGCUGGCCGAAAAAUCAACCGUAUAAUCAGUUUUUCAAAGAAGAAACCUCCUUUGCCUGGAGAUAACGGCAACCUGUCUCACGCUGAUGACAACCCGCGUUGUGGUUAUCUGAAUGUCUUGGUUAACCAGUGCUGGAAGGAGCGUUGGUGUUGCGUGAGGAGUGGCACUCUGUAUUUCCAUAAAGACAGAUCAGACACGCACACUCACGUUAAAGCUCUGGUCCUUCAGGGAGUCGAGGUCUUACCUGGUUUGGGGCCCAAGCACCCGUUUGCUUUCCGUAUCAUGCGGGAUGGCAGCGAAGUGGCAGCGCUAGAGGCGAGCUGUUCAGAAGAGAUGGGCCGCUGGCUCGGGGUGCUUUUGGCGGAAGCAGGUUGUGCUACAACACCAGAGGCUCUGCAUUACGACUACGUGGACGUCGAUACAAUCAGCAGCAUCAAAUCAGCAGCUCGGCAUUCUUUCCUCUGGGCCACUUCCUCCAGCGGUGCUUCAACAGACUCUCGCACCUACGAUGAAGUUCCAUAUGAGAGCGUGCAGGUAGAGGAAACUCAGCCUAAACUGGGAACCCAGGUGAAGCGUCGCUCUUCCUUCUCCAGCCCCGAUAGGGUAAAGGACAAUUCUGAAGUCACGGUGAAAAGACAUGGCUCUUCUGUGAAUCAGUACGGCAAAUAUGGGAAGACGAGAGCAGAGGAAGACGCGCGGCGAUAUCUAAACGAGAAAGAGCACCUCGAAAAGGAGAAGGAAGAGAUCAGAAAAAAGCUGGUGGUGCUGCGCAAACAAAAAAAGGAGGUGAAAGAGCAGCUAAAAGAUGCCACAGGGAGGCAGCAGAAGGAUUUGGAAAAGCGUCUAGCUGAGCUUGAAGAGAGCUGCCGAGGAAAGGAGGCUGAGAGAGUGGAUCUGGAGAUCCGGCUGACCGAGGUGAAAGAGAAUCUGAAGAAAUCUCUGGCUAGUGGUGAGCUCGGAAUUCCUGCCGAGAAAAAAACUGCAAACAAGGUUCAUGUCAGAAAGGUUGAAACCACUUAUAGUGAAGCUUCCAUACCUGUAAACUGUGCCUCUGAGAUACGUAAGCGUCCUCCAUCCAUCUGUGCCUCCACCAGAGGAAGUGUCAUGCAGAAAGCCAAGGAAUGGGAGUCAAAGAAGGGGACUUAAUAUUGCCUAUGUGUAAAGUCUGUAAGGAUUGUUUGUUGUUUUAACAGACUUACUGUAAGUAAAGACAGCUGAGAAGAUUCAGUGGGCCGCGGAUUCAGCAGCUGAUUGUGUUCAUUUUAACAUGUACAGUAUAUAUAUAUAUAUAUAUAUAUAUAUAUAUAUAUAUAUAUAUAUAUAUAUAUGCUCAAAACUACUGAUCUAUUUGUAUCCAAAAGGUUUUCUCAUGUCCUUUUGUGUCACUGAUUCUUUGAUCUUUCCAGCAUUGUGUUUCAAAGGGAACAUGUUGGAUAACUGCUCAUUACCUUUCAGCCAUACUGGCUACCUAUUGACCAAAUCCUUCUAUACAACAAGCUUAUUGUCUUAUCCAUUAUCUGAUUGCUCAAGAUGGGACUUAAGCAUAAGUCAUCCUGAUCUUAGGAAAACAUCGUUCGAAUCAGUAGAUAGUAAUAACACUCUUUACUGACCAGUGCCUAAAACACAUACACACAUCACAAAGACAGGAAGCACAUUUGCUUUAAAAAAUAAUGAAUAAUCCUAUGGCCAUAUACUGUAAAUUGUACAAGACGAUUAGAUACAGAACUAACAGACCCUUUGGAAAACAAAUCAACAAUGCUGAAUAAAAAAGAAAAAAGAUUGUAUAUCUAAGUGUUUUGUAGGACUAAAGAUUAAAGACAAAGGUUUAGGUUUAUGGAAAAUAUAAGAAGGUUGAAAGGGAAAAGAUUUUACAAAGCAACUGUUUGUCUUGUCUGAAUGUACAGCUCUGAAGAGUGUCAUGGCAUGCCUUUCUAUUAUUCACAAACUGUAUCCAGUGAGUAAUUUUAAGAGGUCUGUUUUUCUUCCUUUUACACUAUGGCACUUAAUUUAUUUAUUUUUACAUUGUACAUAAAACCAUACUCAUAAUCUCAGUGUUGAUAUAUGAGUCUGUGUCUCUAAGUCAAUAUGUAGAAACGUGUCUUUUUAAACAAAUAAAGAUGACUUAUAAAUAGUUUACAUUAAA